UCCUGGAUCUCAGAGAGGAAAUAAAAGGGCCAGGCGUGGUUUGCUUUCGAGGUAUUUCAGCUUUGGCUCUUUUGCAGGAAGGUUCGUUUGCUGUUAGUGGCUUGCAAGGAGGAUGUCUGGACGCGGAAAGCAAGGGGGCAAAGCCAGGGCGAAGGCCAAGACGCGCUCCUCCCGGGCCGGCCUGCAGUUCCCGGUGGGUCGUGUCCACCGCCUGCUAAGGAAGGGCAACUACGCCGAGCGGGUGGGCGCCGGGGCCCCCGUCUACCUGGCCGCCGUCCUCGAGUACCUGACGGCCGAGAUCCUCGAGCUGGCCGGCAACGCCGCCCGGGACAACAAGAAGACCCGCAUCAUCCCCCGGCACCUCCAGCUCGCCAUCCGCAACGACGAGGAGCUCAACAAGCUGCUGGGGAAAGUCACCAUCGCCCAGGGAGGCGUCCUGCCCAACAUCCAGGCCGUCUUGCUGCCCAAGAAGACCGAGAGCCACAAGGCGAAGACUAAGUAGAUUGCUCUCUUGAGGAACUUGAGGAAAAAAAUUGCAAGAAAUUUUAAGAACCCAAAGGCUCUUUUAAGAGCCACCUACAGUUUCAGAAAAGAGCUGGCUGGCUUGGCUCGGUUUUGUUUCUUAAUUUCUGACAAGUAUCUAAAUU